AUGGAAUUGUCAUGGAAUCUGUACUUCCGAUACCCACGAUGUCGACAAAUUUCAUAACGAAGGCGAUUCCUGCUCUCCCGUGGAUUCGCCACAAGGACGAAAUUCCCGGCCCUCUUCCGACAAGAACCGAGAUCGAGGCCGCUACGGCAGCAUUCCUUAGUAUCUUCGAUCCGAGCGCUCGGCGCACCGUCUUGGUGAAGAAUAAAUUUGUUGUCAAAUACGGCCCCGCAGUAUUUGAGAAUGAAGGUCACGCGUUGAUAUUCCUAGAGAAAUUUACACAAAUCCCAACUCCUCGCCUGUACGCCAUGUACUGGGAAAGUGACAAGCUCUUCAUCAUCAUGGAGUUUAUCUCUGGUCAGGGUCUUGACGAUGUGUGGCCACACAUAUCUGAAGAGGAAAAGUCGCCUAUUGUGAGCCAACUGCGACAAAUUUUGGACCAUGUGCGUGCUCUCCCGUCACUUGGGAUUGCCAGUGGAGUCUAUGGAGGGCCGCUACCCCACCGCUACUUCUUCUCGCUAGACAACGACCCGCUCGUUACCGGCCCCUUUACAACAGAGGAAGAUGUCUGCCAGGCUCUUGUUUUACGGUCUAAGAGAAAUUGGGAUGAAUAUGGACGGCGGGGCUGGAUGUCAGAGUUCUUCUCUCGUCAUUUGUCAACCAUGUUGCGUAACCACGAAAUGGUAUUCACGCAUUCGGAUUUCCAACGAAAAAACAUCCUCGUCCAGGAGCAAAGCAUUGAGGGGGGCUUGAAGAGAUUUCAGGUGGUGGCUAUCCUGGACUGGGAGUUCGCUGGUUGGUAUCCUAGUUACUGGGAGUAUGCAUCGUGUUUUGCCCAUUCUGACUGGUCGGAUGACUGGGCCGAGAAGGUCGAACAGAUUCUUGAUCCGUAUCUGACUGAAGGUGCAGUCAUGAAACUGGUCGUACAAGAUCUUGACUCGUAGAAAACGUAGCGACGUCAAUAAUAAAGCCAGUUCGCCAUCAGCUGGUGAAAUAGUAGGC